AUGUUUAAGUCUGUCGAGUUGUUGAAAAGUUUGAGUCAUUUCAAGUAUCAUAGACAAUUUGAUUUAAACUCUGUGUGGCCAUCAGGUCGCCGAUCGGCAGUUUUAGUGUUGUUAUUCAUUGGAUCUAGAGGUGAAUUACGUGUUCUAUUAACAAAACGAUCAAGAAGCUUAAGAAACUUUUCAGGACAUGUGUCAUUCCCUGGUGGUAAAGCUGACAAUGACAAUGAAACAUUUGAAGAAGUUGCCAGACGAGAAGCCGAAGAAGAGAUUGGAUUACCAAGAGAUCCUCUAGUGCUGUCUGAAAAAUUUGAGAUGGCCAUCGAAAACAUCUCCUUGGAAUUCCCAUGUUACAUAUCACGAACAUUACUUAGUGUAAAACCAUUAAUCUGUUUCUUGCAUAAUCAUGUUGGAGAAACAUCAUCUGAUUCUAUCUAUGAGAGUCCUCUUGAUAUAUCUAAAUUUUUUGGAAAAUUAAAUCCUGGUGAAACUUCUUCUAUAUUUUCAAUACCAUUAAAUGAUUUAAUCGCUGAUACAUUUCCGAAGGCUUUAGGAUAUACUCCCGAAUAUAUUAAUCAUAAAGAAUAUGUUGGAAAUUGGGGUGGUAUCAAAUGGGAUAUUAGGCAUCUGUAUUACCCUGUAAAUAACCAAAAUGAAGCCAUUUGGUUAAAUGAAGUAGAGAGUCUCAGUUCUGAUGAAGAAUACGCAGAUAUGGGAAAAGUAAGAGAUGUUUGGGGACUUACUGCUAAGAUAUUAACAGAUAUAUCAAAAGUAGCAAAUGGGCUUAAUGUAAUGUCCCCACCAAGCAAAAGUAGCCAAUUACAUUUUAAUCAUGAAAAAUUGUUACAUGCAUUAUUUUAUUAUGGGAAACAAUUACAACCUACAGGCAGAUCUGAAUGGGAAAAACAAUUAAUAAAUAAUAACAAUAAUAUCAGAUACGAAGAUAAGAUACCAGCAUUCUACAUGGAUUAUUUACAGCAUUCAGGUAAAUUCUAA